AUUUCAACUAAGUUCAUGAACCUCUUCACCGACUCAGCAUCUAUUUAAUCCCCACACCAUCUUUUCCCUCAAAGAUCGAAGCUUUCUCUCCCCUCUCAGUUCGAUUCAGCUUAAACUGUAAACAACCCACAACUGAAUUUGAGCUUAUUUGUUUUGAUUUCAAUAUGAUGAUGUAUGAAAAUGGUGGUUUUGAAUCUUUUGUUUCUGAUUUAGCACUUUUGGACUCAAUAAGUCGUUACUUGCUCGAUGAUUCUGAAGCUUUACCCACAAAUUCCGGCGACUCUCCGGAAGUAUAUUGCUCGAGCAAUAGCUUCGGUUCCAAUUUGUCCCCGUCCUUGACUGAAAACUGGGGACAUGGUAGUUUACCUCUUCAAGAAAAUGACCCCGACGACAUGGUGGUUUAUGGCGUCCUUUGCGACGCUGUCAACUUUGGAUGGCUGCCAUCUGUCUCCGCCACCGCAACCGUCAAGACCGAGCCCGAAAUUGUUGCUGAAUCGCCGGGAAAAAUAGAGUUUCCAGCGGUGGCGGUACCUGAGAGGGUGGCGACGGAGAUGUUGGAGCCGGCGGUAGUGCCGUCGAAGGGAAAGCAUUACAGAGGGGUGAGGCGGCGGCCGUGGGGGAAGUUCGCGGCGGAGAUAAGGGAUCCGGCGAAGAAUGGGGCCAGGGUGUGGCUCGGGACUUUUGAGACCGCGGAGGAUGCGGCGUUGGCCUAUGACAGGGCGGCGUACCGCAUGCGGGGGUCACGUGCGCUGUUGAACUUUCCGCUUAGGAUUAACACCGGCGAGCCGGAGCCGGUGAGAGUGACAUCGAAAAGGUCGCCGACGUCGACGGAUGGUUCAUCGUCGUCGGAAAGUGGGUCGCCGAAGAGGAGGAAGAGGGUGGUGGGUUGAAAAAAGUAAUGAUACAUUAAUCAAAUUUUUGGGAUCAAAUUUAGAGCCUAAAUGACAUGACAACAUAUUAUUUUGAGUUUUUAUUAGGUCCAAACGACAUGACACUAAAAAAAAAAAAUUAAGUCACCUUUCAUGUCAUUUAGACUUCAAAUUUAAUCCCAAAAUUUGAUCAAUUUAACAUUCUUCGGAUUGAAAAUAGGUAACAGUUUUGGGCUACUGAACGAGGAGUAUAGAAGCUGUACAUUUGGACUUGGGCUUUUCCAUGAUUCUGCAAACUUUGAACCCAAAAAACAAAAGAAAGAAGAAAAAUGAGGGGCUGUACAGGAAUUAUAUAGAUAAAUGAUCAGUUGGAGUUUUGAUGAUUUCUAUUUUUUAAAUUUUGUAAUUGGAUUAUUAGUGGUUUCAGGGAAUUUUAUCAUUUUGGGUGUCGUGGGAUUCAAUUCGAAAUGACUACAUUUGAA